AUGAAUGAUGAUAUAUUACCAUUGCCACCAAUAGUGUCAUAUAACGAAAUUUUAUUUUUUAAAAUAAUAAGGAAUAAAACUAUCUUCAAACACAUUUUAUCAUUCUUGUGGGAAAAAUCAGAGCUGAAUAUGGAUUUGCUCACUAUGGUAGAAAAAAAUGAAUAUUCAAUUAUUUUAAACAAGUUAAAAUCAAAUACACCCAUUAUAGUUGAUGAAAAAAGUAUAGAAGUACUAUGUGAAAACUACAUUUACAAUCCAUAUUUUGAAGAAAUGUUUGAUUUAUUAUGGAAGCAAUAUGGGGAUAAAUUAAAAAAAUUAAAUAUAUUAGAAUCUAUAGCGGGACAACAAAACCAACACUAUUCAUUAGAUUUAUUUAAAUUUGUAUAUAAAUAUUUUAAUAAUAGCAACCAAACACAUAAAAUAUUCACUUUAUUAGAUUUAUGUUUAGAGUGUGAAAAACCAAAUUAUAAAAUAUUAAAACAUAUUAUUCACACUUUAAAAAACAGUCUCAUUAAUACUAGUAUUGGUGAUUAUAAAGUUCCCAUUUUUACAUUAUUCAAUGUUAGUGGUUUUUUUAAAGAUGCAAAAAAGAAAAUCAAUCUAUUUAAAGAAUGCUUAAAUAUUGAUAUUAAACAAGAAACAAAGAAAUUAUUGGAAAAAGAAAAUCAAAUUUUACCCUACCUCGUUAAUAGAACAGCUACUGAAGUGGCAGUAAAAGAAAAUGGUUUUAUAGAUGAAGAAGCAUUAGAAUUAUAUUUAAUUACAGUUAAAACUGGUAAAUGUUAUACAACCUUUAUAAACCCAGAUAUGUUUUUUUUAAAUCACUUCAAUUUUUUAUUAUUAUAUUUAUUAAGAGAAGAACUGGACAACCAAACUUUCAAAAUGAAUUUACUAAAUAAUUUAGAGUCAUUUAAUAACGAUACCAGUUUGCUUUUAUCAGCUGCAAAAGAAUAUCUAAUAAAAAAUAAUCAAGAAUGUAAAAUUUUACGCUACAUGGGGUUCUAUAUUGUUAAUGAAUUACUUCAACAAAGGAAUUUUAACGAACUCGAUGAAUACAUAGACGAAUAUCUAUCAAAAUAUUCAAAUGAUGAGCAAUUAGGGCUAUUGAUAAAUUUUAUUUUUCAAUAUUCUAUUGUACAUUUUUCUAUUGAAACACUCAACUAUUAUAUGAAAUACAUAGAACAAUUUCAUGGAGAAGAUUUUCAUAAUUAUUUAAUAGGGGAUCCAAUACAACAACAUUAUUAUGAAAAAGAAAAAUUAAAUCAAAUAAACAAAUCAAAUAUAAUAUUAUUUUUAGAAGAUUUAGUUUCAAAAUUUAACAACGGAUUUACGAGUAAUAAUUAUUUAAAAGCAGCUUUAUCUUUAAUAAUUAAAAACCAUAACGGUGAAAUUCUAGAGCUUAUCUUUAACUCAUUUAGUGGUAAUGGAGCUAUUAAAGAAGUUUAUAUAGAUAUGUUAUCGAGUGAAACCCAGAUAUUGGUAAAUAAUCACUUUGAAUCAGCUAAAAACGAUAUUAUGGAAUUAGAUUUCAAGAAAAUGAAAAUCUUUAUCGAUCAUUUUGAUACUAUUGAACAUAUAACAAUUGAUGAAAAUUUCCAAAUUGAAAUUUCGAAUAAACAUUACGGUAAAUUUUUAAAUUUUUAUUUUCAAUAUGCUUUUGGAAAUCUCUUUACAGAAUUUGAUUCAUUUAUUAUUAUUUGUUUUAUAAAAUCAAGAUUUUCAAGUAUUGAACAGUCAAUAGAUAUAUAUAAUUCAAUCGAUAAAAAUAAUCUUUUAGUGUAUUCAAAGAAAGAAUUUCUUCAUUCAUCAAUUUUAUUAGAAAAUUUAUUAAAAUCAAUUAAAAAACAAGACAUUGGUUCAAUUAAUAAAAUAUUAGCAGCAGUUUAUAAUCAUAAUAAUAAUUACAUUAAUAAUAAUAAUAAUAAUAAUAAUGAUUUUAAAUUACCAGAUUCAUUUAAUAACUCGUUAGAAAUCAUCAACUAUUUAAGUUCAAAAGGAUAUUUAAACCACUUCAAAUUAAAAUAUAUCUUAAAAUGGAUCGAUAAACAUAUAAAUAAUGUUCCUAAAGAAUUUAUCUUUAAUUUAAUACCAUCAAACAACACUGAUCUAAUUAACUAUUUUAAUGAAAAAUAUUAUAAUACAAUAACAAUUAAAUUUCAUAUUGAUCAAUCAUUAGGUUUAGAAAAUAUAUGUGACUCUUCAGAAAAAAUCCAUUAUAACGAAAUUGUAAAUAUUCAAAACAGUAAAAAUGCAAUCAAAGCUUUAUAUCAUUGUUUUUAUGAACCAGCAUAUAAAUACAUAAAUAAUAGUUUAGAUAAAUUUGUGGAAGAUUUUAAAAGCUUAAGCAAGGAACAAAAUUUUCUUAAUAACGUUUUCAAGCUCUCAUUAGUCUCUGCACCUUACCACUGGGUUAUCAAAUUCGAUCAAAUAUAUAAAAAAAUUAUGAAAAAAAGUAUAUAUCUAGACUAUAUAUUUAAUUAUUCAAAUUAUAAAGAAAUUGAACAUUUAUGGAACAAUCGUAUUGAAGAUAGAGAUAUAUUACUAAAUUAUAUAUUUGGAAUGGAAUAUGGCAAUCCUUUGUACCUUAAAGACCCCGACGACUUUUAUAACAAAAUCCCAUUAAUAGAAUACCUUUUAGAAAAAAAGAAAGAGUUUUUAAUAGAUUAUUUUAAAAAACAUAGAGUAAAAUUUAGCGAAAAACUCUUUUUAUACAGGUUUAUUAUAUAUGGCAAUAUUAAGAUAUUCAAUCAACUGAAAUCAAUAUUUAUCAUUAUUGAUCAAUAUUUAGAAAUUGCUCUGGAUUUUCCUCUAAUGUUAUCAUUUUGUGAAUUAAAAUACAUCCAUUUUUGUGAAAUACUCGAAUUUCUUCACACAAACCAAUUACUAUCAAAAAAAAAUAUUAAUUUCAAAAAUUAUAAUUUUGUUGAUUCUAUUGAAGAUUACAGCUCGCAUGGGGGAGGCAGGGAGGUCAUUAAUUCUUUUUUAGUAUUAAAAUCUGUUGUUGCUCUUAUAAAUACUUUAAGACCUAUAGAAGAUAAAUGA